AUGAAUUUUCCUUCCAUUUUGACGCAAAAGAACCAUCAAUUAAACAGUAGUAGUAGUAGUAGUCCAUUUGAGCUUCUCCCAGAUGAUGUCAUACUCAUAAUAUUCAACAAAGUUCAAGAUGCCAAAACCCUAAUCAGCUGUUUCUCUUUCAACAAGCAUCUUGCAUCUAUUGUCUACCAAACCAAUAUCAUAUCACUCUCAUUCCUUGCCCCUCAUCAUUACUCAUACCUUUCAUCUCUUUCCUACUACAAAAGAAAUGCUAGAAACAUAAAAAGAAGAUAUAAUAAUUAUAGGAAACUCACCAGUGCUGAUUCCGUAGACUUGGUCAACUCUGCUGUCAUCAAUUUCCUAGCCACCAACCUCCUCGAAAGCGGAGGCGGCGACGACGAGUUCGACGAUGAUUCUCCCUCCCUGCGCCUCCAACCAUUCCACCAAAUCUCGCACCUCAACGUUGAGAUAUGUUCAGAUCUGAUCACAAGUUCCGACGAUGUCUUCCGAUGGAAAGCUAGAUUUGGCAGCAAGAUGAAGAGUUGGUCCUUGCUUUGCUGCUCAAUGGUGCUUCAACGAUUCGUGGUCGGUGAUUGGUUGCCGGAAUGGCCAAGAGCGAUGGCGUACAACAGAUUCCGAUUCCGAGAGAAUCGGAUGAAUUCGUGCUUCAAAUCAGCGUUUGAGAGGUAUGAGUUGGUAAAAGAGAUGGCGGCGCAAUUUCCGACGCUAAAGACGAUGAAAGUGAGUGAUGUGAAUAAGGAAGGAAUGUUAGCGAUGACGGAGGAAGAGAUGCGUGAUAUGAGGGGUUGUUCAUCGUUGAAGGAAGAAGAAGAGAGUAAUAAUCUUUUGUUAGGGAUGUGGUAUGUGCCAUUGUUGGAACUACCAAUGGCGAAUUGCACGUGGAAAGAUGCAAUGAUGAUUGUGAUUCUUCCUGUGGAAAGUAAGGGUAGAGAGGUUGAUUGCAUAUUUGACGGCAAUGCGGAGGAGAAGAUGAUGUUCUCGGAGGCCAUAAGAGAGAUGCUCAAGCCAAACAAGGCUGACCACCGUGGCUGGAGAUUGCAAUCCGCUAAAAUUCAAUUCCGAUGA